CCGGACGCUUUAUCUUAUAGCCUACAAGCUGACUCAGGUUUUGCCUUAAAUUGGGUCCCAAGUUCAUAAACAGUCUCAUUUGAAUUUGAAGAACUUUUCCCCUCUUUUCUGAUUUUUUGGGUUGCAGUGUCAAACGCCAUGGAAGUCUUUAACCGUGUGAAAGAGUUUGCGAAGGAGCAUACAACUGGGCUCGCGAUUGUCCUCAUUACUGGAACUGGCCUUAUCACGAUCCGCAGAUGGAUGGCUGGCGGCGUAUGCUGCAGCAAAGCCCGACUAGAUGGCAAAACGGCACUGAUCACCGGAGCGAAUACAGGGAUAGGGAAAGAGACAGCUGUGGACUUAGCCGGCAGAGGUGCGAGGGUGAUCCUGGCGUGUAGAGAUAUGGGCCGGGCGAAUCGAGCUGCGGAUGAGAUCCGGAAACGGAGCGGGAAUGGGAACGUGGUGGUGAAGCAGCUGGACCUGGCCUCCUUGCAGUCUGCGCGCGCGCUAGCCGCUGAUGUGAAGGCCAGUGAGGAGCGUCUGGAUAUUCUCAUCAACAAUGCAGGGAUCAUUAUGACUCCAAAAUCACGGACAGGGGAUGGCUUCGAAACGCACUUUGGGGUGAAUCACCUGGGCCACUUCCUUCUGACCAACAGUCUUCUGGACCUGUUGAAGAAGUCGGCCCCCAGCCGAGUGGUCAACGUGUCUAGCCUGGCCCAUGAGACAGCACAAAUUCACUUUGAUGACUUAAAUAUGGAUGGGGAUUCUGAUGCCGUUAACAGCUACAAGCAGAGCAAGCUGGCAAACGUGCUCUUCAGCCGAGAGCUAGCAAAAAGACUGGAGGGCACAGGUGUGACGGUGUACAGCCUCCACCCAGGUCUUGUCUACACUGAGAUCGCUCGGCACCUGUGGCCCUCUCUAGCCUUUUGGCAGCGGCUGUUCUUACAGCCCAUCAUGCUGCUCGCCAAGUCGCCCUGGGAGGGAGCGCAGACCACCAUAUACUGCGCUGUGGAUGAGAGCCUGCAAAACACCAGCGGCCUCUACUACAGUGACUGUGCCCCUAAGCAGGCAGCACCCCAGGCGUGUGAUGAUGCUGCUGCUAAGAAACUCUGGGACAUCAGUGCAUCCAUGGUGGGACUAGCCUAAGAGAAGAGACUCGGUCACUCUCUCCUUGUCUACCACACACAUACACACACACAAACAAACACAUUCCUUCCCAACACAAACAUCUGCAAUACAUUUCAACUGCAUAAACAAACAUGUGUGUUGCCUUAGGCAUUUCCGGUGGCAUAGAAAACAAGAUUGUGCUAAUGGUAUCUUGGGGACAAACAAACAUUUAAAACACUAGUUUAAAAGUCAACAUGUUGUAGCGCAUAUACAGUACACUAAAGUCCAAUUUAUUUUCAUUUCAAAGUAUGUGUUGGUUUUUCACUUUUCGCCCAGAAACCCUCUAGGAACAGAUUGAAAGGGUCUAUGGGUCUAUAUUUGGUUGUCAUCCAAAAGGAGUGUGUGUGUGCGUGUGCGUGUGUGUGUGUGUGUGUGUGUGUGUGUGUGUGUGUGUGUGUGUGUCCAUGCGUGCAUGCGUGCAUGGAAUCUCUCUUAAACACCAUCUUACAUUUAAACUAUUGCUGCAAUAGUAUUGCACUUCCAGUGUACCCUGAAGGACCAGAACAUUUAUUUUCUGAUGAAAUAGAACUGGUACUGGCAAAGGGUAAUUACAGCAUAGGUUUACUUGUCUUCUCCAACAUGCUGAAUGUUACUGAUAUUUUUACAGGCCAAUAACAUUUUCGUUUUGCUUAUCUUUAUAGCAAACACAGUAUAUUGAUGUGCAAAUACUCAUAAGUUUAAACAAACAAACAAACAAAAUUAGGCAAACCUGUCACUUGAUAUUAUCACAAUAUCUAUACAUACAAGCCUUUAUGCCUGCACUUUAAAAUACCUCUGUGGUGCCUCUUUGAUAUUGUAUACCCACAACUUAUUUAUUAAUGUUGUAUGUUGUACUAAUGUUGGUUUUCCAUUUUAAUUGUUCGUUAAGAUAUAUUUUAACCUAUUCUUAUUUAGAGGAGGGCAAUGUAUUGGUGCUUACAAAAUAGAAAUUAAGUGAUAAAAUUACUGAUUUGUGUCUUUUGUGAAGUAAAACAAAUGUAUCUGGAUUGUCUCAGGACUCCAGUAGUGGGUCAGCAUAUAUGCUAGAAUUCUCUGAAAAUGUCUGAAAAUCUUGCGCGUUUGCAAAACUAUCUUUAUAAAUGUAAUUUCAUGAAUGUCAGUAAUAAAUAGCAGGUCUCUCUGAAUAACAUAAAAAUG